GCUGCAAAUUUCUUUGCCAAUCAUCUCCGGUCCCUUCUCAUCUUCCCUUCUCAUCUUCCUUUCAAUCCUCCUUUUCUUCCUCUAACUCUUCUAACUUUGAGUCGGUCUUUGCUAGUUCGACAGUUCUCCAUCUCAAUCGUCAACGCCUGGGCAGGUGCAGAGGCAGAUGGCUAUGGAUUAGUACUUUCAUGCUGUUGUGCCCACUGUGGUGAGAGCUUUGCUCUUCGAUGGAGAAUUGCCUUGGUGCUUUCGAAGAGUUUCUUCUCGCUUUCCCUUUUAUUUCUUUAGUUUCUCGUUUCGCCUUUUCUUUUCAUCCAUUUAGAUUUCUUAACCUUUUCAGUUUCCUUAUCUUUUGCCUUAAAUCCCUAGAUUCCCAAAUCAAAAAUCCCUAAAAAUCAAAAUCGAAAAACCAAAAAACCCAAAUCAAAACCAAUGUAUUUCUUCCGAUUUGUUUACUCUUUGAUAUUAAGCUACCAUGGCUACUCUCAUCCUGAUUUUGGGGUCAAAUCCAGAAAAGCAGGAACUGCACUUGUUUAGGAAGACACAACGUGGAUGAGAAGGAAUAGGAGAUGAUUAGCAAAGAAAUUUGCUCAAAGCUUUUUUUGAGAGAUGCAAGAGCUCAAAGACGGCUGUAAAAAAACGUUAAAGUUAAA